UAAAAAGAACAUAAGAAAGCAGCGAAUGAAAAUCUUAUUCAAUGUUGUUCUUGAAGCUCGAGAGCCAGGUUCAGGCAGAAGACUUUGUGAUCUAUUUAUGGUUAAACCGUCCAAAAAGGACUAUCCUGACUAUUAUAAAAUCAUCUUGGAGCCAAUGGACUUGAAAAUAAUUGAGCAUAACAUCCGCAAUGACAAAUACACAGGUGAAGAGGGAAUGAUAGAAGACAUGAAGCUGAUGUUCCGGAAUGCUAGGCACUACAACGAGGAGGGCUCCCAGGUAUACAACGAUGCGCAUAUCCUGGAGAAGCUACUCAAGGAUAAAAGAAAAGAGCUGGGCCCUCUGCCUGAUGAUGAUGAUGUGGCUUCUCCCAAACUCAAGCUGAGUAGGAAGAGUGGCAUUUCUCCUAAAAAAUCAAAAUACAUGACUCCAAUGCAGCAGAAACUAAAUGAAGUCUAUGAAGCUGUAAAGAACUAUACUGAUAAGAGGGGUCGCCGCCUCAGUGCCAUAUUUCUUAGGCUUCCUUCAAGAUCUGAGCUGCCUGAUUACUAUCUGACCAUUAAAAAGCCCAUGGACAUGGAAAAAAUUCGAAGUCAUAUGAUGGCCAACAAAUACCAAGAUAUAGACUCUAUGGUUGAGGACUUUGUCAUGAUGUUUAACAAUGCCUGUACAUACAAUGAGCCUGAGUCUUUGAUCUACAAAGAUGCUCUUGUCCUGCACAAAGUCCUGCUUGAGACUCGGAGAGACCUGGAGGGAGAUGAGGACUCUCAUGUCCCAAAUGUGACCUUGCUGAUUCAAGAGCUUAUCCACAAUCUCUUUGUGUCAGUCAUGAGUCAUCAGGAUGAUGAGGGAAGAUGCUACAGUGAUUCCUUAGCAGAAAUUCCUGCUGUGGAUCCCAAUUUUCCUAACAAACCUCCCCUUACGUUUGACAUAAUUAGGAAGAAUGUUGAAAAUAAUCGCUAUCGGCGGCUUGAUUUAUUUCAAGAGCAUAUGUUUGAAGUAUUGGAAAGGGCAAGAAGGAUGAAUCGGACAGAUUCUGAAAUAUAUGAGGAUGCAGUAGAACUUCAGCAGUUUUUUAUUAAAAUUCGUGAUGAACUCUGCAAAAAUGGAGAGAUCCUUCUUUCACCAGCACUUAGCUAUACCACAAAACAUUUGCAUAAUGAUGUGGAGAAAGAGAAAAAGGAAAAAUUACCGAAGGAAAUAGAGGAAGAUAAACUAAAACGAGAAGAAGAAAAAAGAG